GUUGUCUCAGUUUAGAUCUAGGUGUGCGAUAUGCUUUCCAAUUGAAUUAUAAUUUCGAAUGGAAUUAUUAAUUGAAUCAUAAAUGGCAAUCCGAUCCAAAUUAAUUACUUCUCUUUUAACAGUGGCCAAAUCAGUGAAUGAAUUUCUACGAUUGGGAAGCCAUAUCAAUCAGCAGAUUGUCUAUUACCCGGCACAGAUGGAACUCAUAUUUCCCAACGAAUUAGGUAUCCCAGUACGACUACAAACCACUUCCGUGUCCUUCACUUCGAUAAGAGGUAACCUGACUACACCAGCAACUGAUAUACACAUAAGGUACCAAGGUAUGUCCCUGGUGUCACUGUCCACAUUCGGCCCACUGGUACAGUCGGAGCACGCGGCUCGAAUUCAAAAAUCUAUUGUGACACAUUUACCGAUCAAAUUCAAUAUAUCACACACACCUAUCGGGGUGUUCAACAUGAUGAAAUAUCUUGAACCAAAGAGACUGAUGCUGCGAGCCAUCACCAUGUUCGUGUCUCCCCCCUCCACAUCAUGUGGAAUCAUCCAUCUCCACAACGAGGCCAUCUUAAAUGUCAACAGGGGAGUAAAAGCUACGUUUCUGAUUGAAAAUCUGGCUUCGAUCGUGGAGUACUUUUCUGGUGACAAAAACGUUUUGAAGACUUCUCUACUUCUGAAAGACUAUAGACAAGACACGGAAACGUCAGGUGAAUUUUUAAACUUCGAAAUGGACUUCGGAAUAAAGAACCAAGAUAAGAAUAUAGUGACUAGACUCGAGUUUAACUCUAGCGAUGUUGUGAGGACUUUUAUCGAAAACAACGAUUAUUUGUACUUAGGCGACAGACAUACAGCAUUGCAUUCUAAGCACAGGAGUCAUAUAACAGCUGGAUUCUACAAACCAAGUGAAAACAACAACACACAACAAGAAGUAUUGUUACUUAACGUGUCUGUCGACACCGCUAAAGAACUAACGGGAGAAAAGAGGAUAGAUGUUAGGUUCUCUCACGAGGACAACGUGGUAUUGGACCCCUUCACGCGUCUGAUACUUCCGUUUUGCUCUAAAGAUUCUGAAGAGAGCGGCUUUAAGGAGAUGCAGGUAAAAAUUAUUUUUGCCGACACCUGGUAAUUAAUCUCAUUAUCAUCAUUAGCCUAUGGUAUGCGAAGGCCCACGCCUUCUCUAUGGAAUGGAUAGAAUCAAAUAAGGACAGGCCAUAAACCAACACGUGAAUCCUGUACGGAUUUUUCUCCUCCUACAUGAAUCUAUAUUCACUAAUUAUAGGGCAAACAUUUUCCGCUUCGUUCCGGCGGCCCAAUGCUGUCGUAUAUACAUAUUUGGUUACAGAGCAAAACGAAGCCUACUCCACAGCUACCACAAGACAUAUGGGUGCCACUAUACCUCUCCUGCAUUUCGGAAUCAUUCAAAAUGCCUCUUCUAGAUCUUGCUACGAGCAACACUGAUAUUUCUGCGGUAUUAAAGGAAGGUGUGACAUCGGUUAAGGUAACCAAUAGUCCUGAUAUGAGGUUGAAAUCACCAGAGAUCGUCUGGUGGAUGGACAACUGGAUUACAUUGAAGAAGAUUACCACAUUUGGACUUUAUCAGGAAUGUAGGUUGCAGGAUUCUACUGUGCAAACGUUGAAUGGCUCGUUAAGGACAAUAAAUUCGACUAAUGAGGAGACAAUAGCUCUAGCCGACUGCACUGAAAUACCAAGAUUUGCAGUACUGAGGCAGAAGUCUGGGGGUGUGACAGUAUACGCCGGUGGUAAAUCAGUAUCUACUAAAUUGGAACAAGGAAGCGUAAACUGGGUCAUAAACGGGGGUGCCCCAAGGAUCCAUUUUAGAAUAACACAACUGUCCGAUGGUGUAAAAAUACAGCCUAAAGGCUCUGGAAUACAAGUGUAUAACAGGAUAAACGAAACAGUUAUACUUGUACCGAAUUCCCAUCUACACGCCGUCUGUGGAGAGUGUACUGCAGAUACACAUUGAACACGUUUAUAUUAACCUAUAUGUUCUAAUAAUAUGUAGUUAACUA